ACAUCAUUCCCAAGCGAACGGCCAGCGAUCAACGUUUGGCCACCACAGCAGCACUCGAGAGCGAUAACGAGCAGCUGAUUUUGCCUGAUUUUAGCUGAUUUCGGCUGAUUUUUGCCAUUAUCCAUUUUAUCUGGCACCGCAACGGCAGCAGCAACAACAACUGCAACAACUACAACAACAGCAACAAGGGCAUCGCAUCUCUCUCUCUCUCUCUCCCCCGCAACAACAACAAUUAUAAUAACGAUCUGUGACAAGACAACAACAACAACAACAACAACAACAGCGAUAAAUAUCAAGAAAAAAGUGAAGUGAACUCUCGGGCGCUCUCUCGCUCUCGCUUUCGGCCAACUUCGGCUUUUUUCGGGCUUCGCUUCGGCUCCGGCUUGUAAAUUACUUGCAAAGUUAAUUUUAGUCUCGGCUUUUAAUACCGUUUUAGUGCGUUUUCAAGUUGGUCGUGUGCUAUUCCCUCUCUCUGAAAAUUUGAUAAAAGAAACAAAUUUCAAUUUCGAAAAUAAAUUACAAUUCGAAAAUAAUCCAAUACGCUAUAAAUAAAUAAAAGCUAAAGCACAUAUGUGACUUUUUUUGGUGACCACGCAUCCUUGUGACAUUUUUUUUUGCGGAUCAAUUUUUUCGCCCAACGGAAAUGUAAACCAUUCGCCCCCAAAAAGCCCCCCUUAAGCUUCCUGCUUCAAAGUCCAGAACAAAAAAGAGCAACAAAAUCCAUUCAAUUGCAUAACAUUUAAUUGCCAAAAAACAAACAAAAAAUUAUAAAAACAAUAAAUAAAAUAAAAGCAAUAAUAUCAUAAUUCAGGAGUUCAAAAACGCGCUCACCAAUACGAAGGCGAUCGCAUUAAAAGACGGAAGUGCAUUUUUUUUCGUUAAGCGGCAAAGCAGCGCAUCCUGUUUUUUUGGGCCUUCCAACACGCUCACGCACACACACGCACCCCGAACACAAGCCCACACACUCACACACACACACACACAGGCAGUGAGGACUGGAAGUCGCUCUCUCGUUUAAGAGUUGCAGAUCCACAAAUAACGCCCACUUUUCCCUUGGCUUAAUUGAUUAACCAGGCCCAAAUAAAUCCAAAAGGGAGCGGACAACACAAAGAGCCAGCAAGAUGACUGGUUUCACGAACGCCGGUUUCGAGAACGAUGAGCCCGUCAAGCCAAAAGCUGGUUUCGAGCCCGAUACCGCCUCGCUGCGAGAGAAAGUUGUGCUGAAUCCGGGCGAGAAAUGGCGCAUCUUAAAGAAUAUCUCGAUCAUCUCGAUCGCCUUCAUGGUGCAGUUUACAGCGUUUCAGGGCACGGCCAAUCUGCAAUCCUCUAUAAACGCAAAGGAUGGCCUGGGCACAGUGUCGCUUAGUGCGAUCUACGCCGCCUUGGUGGUCUCCUGCAUCUUCCUGCCCACUCUGAUCAUUAGGAAACUAACGGUCAAAUGGACAUUGGUGUGCAGCAUGCUCUGCUACGCACCAUACAUCGCAUUCCAGCUCUUCCCGCGAUUCUACACGUUGGUGCCCGCCGGUAUCCUUGUGGGUAUGGGCGCCGCACCCAUGUGGGCGUCCAAGGCCACCUAUUUGACGCAGGUUGGACAGGUGUAUGCCAAGAUCACGGAACAGGCGGUGGAUGCCAUUAUAGUGCGAUUCUUUGGCUUCUUCUUCCUGGCCUGGCAAUCCGCUGAGCUCUGGGGCAAUCUCAUCUCCAGUUUGGUCCUCUCCAGCGGCGCUCAUGGCGGUGGCAGCAGCUCGAACACGACGGUCAGCGAGGAGGAUUUGCAGUUCUGCGGUGCCAACUUCUGCACCACCGGAAGCGGCGGCCAUGGCAACCUGGAGCGUCCGCCAGAGGAUGAGAUCUUCGAGAUCUCGAUGAUCUAUCUGUCCUGCAUUGUGGCCGCCGUCUGCAUCAUCGCCUUCUUCUUGGAUCCCCUCAAGCGGUAUGGUGAGAAGCGCAAGGGCUCCAAUUCUGCCGCCGAGUUGUCCGGACUGCAGCUGCUGUCCGCCACCUUCCGCCAGAUGAAGAAACCGAAUCUGCAGCUCCUCAUCCCUAUCACCGUUUUCAUUGGCAUGGAGCAGGCUUUCAUCGGUGCCGAUUUCACUCAGGCCUAUGUGGCCUGCGCCCUGGGAGUGAACAAGAUUGGCUUCGUCAUGAUCUGUUUCGGUGUGGUGAAUGCCCUCUGCUCGAUCCUCUUCGGAUCGGUAAUGAAGUAUAUCGGCCGCACGCCCAUCAUUGUACUGGGCGCCGUCGUCCACUUCACCCUGAUCACCGUUGAGCUCUUCUGGCGCCCCAAUCCCGAUAAUCCCAUCAUCUUCUAUGCCAUGUCCGGCCUGUGGGGCGUCGGCGAUGCCGUGUGGCAGACCCAGAUCAACGGACUGUACGGACUGCUGUUCCGCAGGAACAAGGAGGCUGCCUUCUCCAACUACCGCCUAUGGGAGUCCGCCGGAUUCGUUAUUGCCUACGCCUAUGCCACAACACUCUGCACGCAGAUGAAGCUCUACAUUCUGCUGGCUGUACUCACGCUCGGCUGCAUCGGCUACGUGAUUGUGGAGAUCCUGUACAGGAAGAAGCAACGCAAGCUCAAGAAGCAGGAGAAGCUGGAGGCCGCGGAGAAGGAGAAGGAGGCCGCCGCCGCCGCAGCCGCCGCCGCUUUGGCCGCCGCCGAGGCAGGAGCAGAUGGCGUCGAGGAGACCGACGACGAGCUGGACGAUCUCGAGGAGGACAUUGUGGUCACGCGCCUGUAAAUGUUUUUUUCUCACCCAAGGACACCCCAAAAACAAAAAACAAAAAAAAAAAACACCGCACAAGCCCCUCACACCCCACAUUCCAUCAAGAUAUCGAUAGAAGGAAGCAGAAUUGAUUGGAUGCUUUAUCGAUUUAAAUGCAAAAAAGACAAGAUUGAAAAACAAGACGAAGAGCUCUAUCGAUAAAAUGAAAACUAGCAUAACUAUCGAUAGACAAAUACGCACCGUGAUCGAUAAGCAACCGGCGCCGAUUGAAAGUCGCGACGCGUUGCAUACUUUUGUGGUUGUAGUUUUGUAGUAGAACAUUUGUACCCCUCACCCACGAAAACCCGAUCCUGCAAGAGAAAAACCAUUUAGCUCAAAGUCCAACGGAGUUUGGCUUAACUUUAGUUUGUACAUACAGAGAAGAGAUCGAAAAGAGCGAAAUGCUAUUGAAUGCAAAGGCAGUGAGAAGCCCCGGAAAUGCAAAUCCUUUGUGUGUUAGUCUAGGUGUAAGCACACUCGUACUCGGUUGAAACGGACUUCCUGUUUUCAAAUAUAAAUCAAUCGAGACCUAUCGAAAAAAUCGAUAUAAUCGAUCGACUUAAAUUCGCAAGUGUUUUUUAUUUGCUGAAUGCAAGUCAAACAAAUAGUUUCUGAAAUAUGCAUUUCGAAAUUCAAGAGCAGUUUACAAUCGAUACAUUUAUAUUUGAAAAAUGGGGCGUUCUUAAAAACUUGGUAUCACACAAUCAUAC